UUAACAUGACUGUUAGAACAGCUGACUACGGUUGUGACGUCAUUCUUGAAUUUAAUCACAAACGUUGGUUAUUAUAACACCUACGCUGUCGUUGAAGCACAGCACCGCCUGAAGCGCACAGAACCGAAGGAGAUGCUGUUGCGGCGCUUUCUGGGCUACGGCGUACUCGGCGCUGGCUUGGCCUCUGCCGGCUGGAGUCUGCAUACCAAUGACUACGAUCCCAACUCGCUGGGCAUCGUGCGGCUUUCCCGAUCCGCCGCCGCCGUCGUAGACGUGGCGCUCACCUACAAGCGGGAACUUUACUACAGGGAAUGGGACAAGACAACACCGGAGUACAAGGCGGAAAAGAGUCGUGUUCACAAAAUUGCGGCUGAAAAGUUACUGGAGCUGAUCUGCACCAACAAAGGCGUCUACAUUAAAGUGGGUCAACACAUCGGUGCUCUGGAAUACCUUUUACCCAAGGAGUUCGUUCAGACAAUGAAGGUUCUGCACUCGAAUGCACCACAAAAUCCUAUUGAAGAUCUGUACAAGGUAAUUCGGCAGGAUCUGCGCUGCAAUCCGGAGGACAUCUUUGACAGCUUCGAGCAGGAGCCGCUGGGAACCGCCUCUCUAGCUCAAGUGCACAAGGCGCGUCUGAAGACCGGAGAGGUGGUGGCCGUAAAAGUGCAACAUCCGUACGUGAAAGGAAACUCUCGGGUAGACAUGAAAACCAUGGAGAUGGCGGUCAAUGUUCUGGCGCGAAUAUUCCCCGACUUCAAGAUCCACUGGUUGGUGGAGGAGUCCAAGAAGAAUCUACCCAUUGAGCUUGACUUUCUGAACGAAGGACGCAAUGCCGAGAAAGUGGCCAAGCAGUUCGAGAAAUUCUCAUGGUUGCGGGUGCCUAAGAUCUAUUGGAAACUAAGCUCUUCUCGCGUCUUGGUUAUGGAGUAUCUGGAAGGUGGCCAUGUGACGGACUUGGACUAUAUUCGGAAAAAUAAGAUCGAUACCUUUGCGGUGGCGAAUCGAAUUGGACAGCUGUACUCCGAGAUGAUUUUCAGAACUGGAUUUGUGCACAGCGACCCGCAUCCGGGAAACAUUUUGGUGCGUCGGACGCCGCAGGACGGUAUGGAGAUAGUCCUGCUAGACCAUGGACUGUAUGCCAAUCUGACAGACAAGUUUCGAUAUGAUUAUUCUAAGCUCUGGCUGAGUAUCCUCAACGUGGACCGCAAGGCCAUGCGACUGCAUAGCGAGCAACUGGGAAUCAAGGGAGAUCUGUAUGGUCUGUUUGCCUGCAUGGUGACGGGGCGGCCUUGGGAAACGGUCAUGCAAGGACUCACCAAAGUCAAGUAUUCCAAAGAUGAGAAAAACACACUGCAAAACAAUACCUCGCUAGUGCUGCCACACAUAUCCGAUGUGCUGGAGCAAGUAGACCGACAGAUGCUGCUCAUCCUCAAGACAAACGACCUGAUCCGUGGCAUUGAGUCCACACUACGCACCCAGAACCGGAUGACCGCCUUCUGGGUAAUGUCCAAGUGUUGUGUUCAAUCGUCAUAUGCCGAACAGCGAGCCCAGAAAACUGCAUCCGGCUCGUCGGGUAUAUUUUGGCUGAGGCUCCGUGAACGAUGGGAGCUGCUCAAACUGAACUGUUACUACCUCUACCUGGGACUGAUUAAUUUGGGUUUCCUCGAAGCACUUAAACAGGUUAUUUAGUUUCUACAUGUGGGUCCCCGAAAUAAAAAGUACAAAACCAUUGACAAGUCACAAAGUCCA